GUCGCCAACAUAGCCCACUACCAGAAUCAAAACCUGUUGGGCAGCCAUCACCAUCUGCUCCACAUCGCCGAACCGCAACUGCAACUGCUGCCCGCAGUGACGACGACGCCGACGCUGACAACGCUGACGACAGCAACACCCAUAAUACCCAACACCAACACCAAUACCAAUACCAACACACAAAACCAGCAGCCAGUGUUUGAAAAAGCCAUCACCAUUUCGUCGAUUGCGAUUAAACGCAGGCCGACGCUGCCGCAAACGCCAGCGAGUGCCCCACAGGUGUUGUCGCCGUCGCCCAAGCGCCAGUGCGCCGCCGCCGUAUCUGUGCUGCCAGUGCCCGCAGCAGCAGUCACCGCACCCAGUGCCCAUUUGCAGUACGCUAGCUCGCCGGCAGCAGCAGCAGCCGCCGCAGCCGCAGCAGCAGCAGCAGCUGCGCUCAAGGGCCAUCAACUGAGCUUUGCACAUCCCACACAGUUUGCGGCCGCAGUUGCCGCGCACCACCAGCAACAGCAGCAGCAACAGCAGCAGCAGGUCGCCUACGCAGUCGCUGCCUCACAGCAACAGGCAACCCAUACACACCAGCAACAUCAUCAGCAACAGCAGCAGCAGCGUUUGGCGCAGUACAAUCAGGCGGCCGCCGCCGCAGCUCUGCUCAAUCAGCAUCUACAGCACUCAGCCGUUGCAGCUGCCGCUGCGCAUCAGCAACAGCAGCAGCACGUCGCUGCGCUGCAACAGCAGCAGCAGCAGACACCUGCCCAUUACAGCGGCUAUCAGCUGCGUCACGCGCACGCACAGUACACGCCACAGCAUCAGCAUUUGGUGCUGAGCAGCAGCAACAACAAACAGCAGCAACAGAGCGGCAGCAGCAGCAGCACAUCAGCAGCAACUGUCGCCAGUAACACCCAAGCAGUAACAACCACUGCGCUAAGCGUUGCCACAGCAGCAACAGCCACAGCAGGCAACAACAUUACAAAUAGCAAUUCCCCGGGCAGCUCUGCGCACGAGUCACAGUCGCACGAGUCAGCGUCCAUUUCAGCGCCGACAACUCCCUCGCCGGCGGGCAGCGUUAGCGCCGCGGCAACAGCAGCAACAGUCGCCAGCGACAGCAACAACAACAACACAAACACAACAGCAGCAACAACAACAGCAAUAAUCGGCAACAACAGCAGAGACGCCAGCAUAAUGGAAAAUCAGAUGGCGCUCGCCCCGCUGGGACUAUCACAGAGCAUGGACUCCGUGAACACGGCCAGCAAUGAGGAAGAGGUGCGCACACUUUUCGUCAGUGGCUUGCCCAUGGAUGCCAAGCCACGUGAGCUAUAUUUGCUGUUCAGAGCAUAUGAGGGCUAUGAAGGAUCUCUACUAAAAGUAACUAGCAAAAAUGGCAAAACAGCAUCGCCCGUUGGUUUCGUAACAUUCCAUACAAGAGCCGGUGCCGAGGCAGCCAAACAAGAUCUGCAGCAGGGUGUACGCUUCGACCCCGAUAUGCCCCAAACAAUUCGCUUGGAAUUCGCCAAGAGUAACACGAAAGUGAGCAAACCCAAACCACAGCCCAAUACAGCGACAACAGCCUCACAUCCUGCAUUGAUGCACCCACUCACUGGACAUCUGGGCGGGCCGUUCUUUCCGGGCGGACCCGAGCUAUGGCAUCAUCCGUUAGCGUAUUCGGCCGCCGCCGCCGCUGAGCUGCCCGGUGCCGCUGCACUGCAGCAUGCAACACUCGUGCAUCCGGCACUGCAUCCGCAGGUGCCCGUCCGCUCCUAUCUCUGACUAAAUACAGACAAAGUAAUGGAGCAGCCUAUGCAUCAAACUCAAAUGGCAAUGCCACAUCAUCAGACAACUGCUACCGCUUUACAUCCCAGCCAGCAGGCGGCCAUGGCGCACAUGGUCGCUGCUGCCGCUGCCGGCGGUGGUGGUAGUGCAGCUGCUGCUGCGGCGCCUCAAGGCGCUGCGAGUAAUGCCGCAGCUGCAGCUGCUGCUGCCGCCGCCGCUGCUGCGGCCGCAUCGCAUCAUCAUUUUUUAUCCAGUCCUGCGCUGGCCAGCCCCGCCGGCUCCACGAAUAACGCCGCACACCCGGCAAAUCCACAGAUAGCCGCAAAUGCGCCCUGCUCCACGCUGUUUGUGGCCAAUCUGGGCCAGUUUGUGUCCGAGCACGAGCUCAAGGAGGUUUUCUCUAGAGGAGCGGGUAUGGAAUCAAGGCAUGAUUUGCUCGCUAAGAAACUAGAGCGUGAAAUGCACCAGCAACAGCAGCAACAACAACAGCAACAACAGCAGCAGCAACAGCAGCAACAGCAGCAACAACAACAACAUCAGCAGCAGGCACACCACCAGCCGCAGACGCAUCAUCAGCAUUUCCAUCAGAGCCACCAGCCGCCGCAUCAUCAUCAUCAUCAUCAUCUUCAGCACCACCAUCAUCAACAGCAGCAGUUCUUGAUGACACCAACAGCGACCUGACCCGGCAGCGCUAAUGCACCACUAACGCCGCUGCCCCAAUACCAUCAUCAGCAGCAACACCACCAUCUGCAGCUGCAGCAGCAGCAGCAGCUACAGCAGCAACAACAACAACACCACCAUAUCUACUCGUAUGUGUUGCCAGCGGCUACACAUAUCGCCGCCUAAGUGGUGCCGUGGUGCAGUGGCACGGGACGACAGGCGUACAUUUUGAGUUUGAGCGGAUCCCCCCUCCGCCCAGCAUAGAGCAGUGAAGCUCCGCAUGUGACGGAUUCAUGCAAAGGAGGCAAAACUUUAGUUGUAGUAUAUAAAAAAAAAAAAAAACUUAAAAAACGCAAAAAAAAAUAUUUAAUAUAUAUAUAUAUAUUAAUUUAUAUGGCAAGCCUAACCCAGUUUAGUGAAAUUUUUGACAGGCCGAUGAUAUGUUGAGCGAAAAUUGUAGGUACCAAAAAUAAAACAAAAAACGGCAAAACAAAAAAGCUUAACAAGAAAAACAAAAACCAGCAAAGGGAAUCUUGUAGUAAAAUAUACAACAAAAAAUAGAUCAGAUUAGAUUGAAAGAACUUAACUAGACAGUUGAUAUGCCCCAAUAGAUAUAUACAUAUGUGUAUUAAUAUAUAUAUAUUUACAUAUUUAUAUGUCUAUAAGCGCUGCUACAGAUUUUUGAUCCAUUUUUAACUAUGGUUGUUGCGAUAAUUUCCAUUUAGCUUUUGUUUUCGAAUUAGAACUAAAUUCACUUUGGUUUAGCUUCAUUUACCCUUUCAUUUCGACCCUAUUCAUGAAAUGGAAUUGAGACAUUGCAAGAAUUUGAUCUGUUACUUUUCUUAACAACCUUUAUCCAUUCAUUAAAGACAUUUUUAAAGUAUAAUAACAAAGUUAAGGGAAUAACAUAAAAAGGAGAAAACAAAAAUACAUAUAAAAUUGAAAAAUGAUAAAAAAAAAAAGAAAACAUAAUUAUAGCUUAACCGAAUGUGCCCUUUAAAUAGCUCUCUUUCUAGAAUUAUUAAAAGACAAAGAAAACGUUAAAGAAUUACGAAAAACCCAAAAACAAAAUCAUCUGUAUAUGUGUGUAUAUGCAUUAAAGUAAUAUCUUGUAUCUAGUAAUACAGUUUUGAUGUGUUAUUUAAAGAUAAUGAAAGCUAAUGAAAAAAAAAAAAAAAACAACAAACCAAAACAAAACCCACUCAUACACACAUAAAACAUUUAACAACGAGAACUAGUCGGUGUCAUCAUAUGUAAAAUCUAUAUUGAGAAAAACUGAAAGCUGGUUUCGAAAUUUAUUUGUUAUAAAAACGUACAUUUAAAUUGUGAAUUCGACACGACAUUAGGAUGGAAAUGCGCUGUUAAGACUCUCGUAAUACAUUCAUACUAACAUGCAUAUAAAUAUAUAUAUAUAUAUAUUUUAACUAACUAACCAGUUAGGGGAACCAGGAACUGUAGCUGGAUCCGACACUACAGCUGGUAUAAUUAGUUUCAGACACUCUCGACACACUUUCCGCCCAAAACAAACAAGCAAAAAAUGAAGAUACUGAAAUUUUUGCGAAAGCUCUCUCAACCGCAUUAAGACUAGAAAAUUGAUAAGCUUGUAUUGUUGAUAAUCCAACAAACAAAAACAUUCCUAACUCAAUUUCAGAAAAAUGCUAGAACAAUCAACACACACAUUUCUUGCUAAAAAAUAAACAAAAACAAAAACCAACGAACCAGAGACAGCGGAGUAACUACAGGCAGAAACAAAGGCAACAACAACAUAACAACCAACACAAACAACUUUUGAUUACGGGAACGACGAGCACUCGUACUUUACGAUUGAAAAAUCAGUAACAUAUCAUCUUACGUAGCAGCAGUAGCAACAAUUAUGGAAUUACAUCUAUUGUAACUAAGUGAAACAACUACAAGUACACUUAUGCUAAGGCAAUGUUAUAGUUAAAAGCUAAAACAACUAUUAGGCAACCAUCAAUAACACCAAUACCAGCAACAGCAACAAAAACAACAAAACAAACAACCAAACAACAAAAGAAAAGGCAAGACAUAGGCUUUUAAGUAGCUAAUUAAAAAAAAAAAAAGAACGGCAAGCUCUAAACUAUGAAAGAAUAGAAAGAAAGAAGACAUUUAUCAUCUGAAUUGGCAGCCGUUUCAGUUUCUCAGCAUUGUUUAAAUUAUAGGCAUACGCGUAUAUUAUUUAAAAUUUACAUUUUAAAUUAAAUUUUAUAAUUACCAAAGUUGUCCUUACUAAAUAACAUAAACCCGAAUUACGUUAACCAUUCCCCACAUUUGUUAAACAAACCAACAGCAAAAUAAUCUAAUAAUAAUAUAAAAUAACAAUAAAAAUCUAUUAUAUUUAAUUUACUUAGUUAAGCUUAAAACAACUAGACAUACCAAAGGCAUAUUUGAAACAUUUGUUGAAGCAAAAAAAAAAAAAA